ACGUGUCCCAUUGCUUCCACAACCCUAGACCUGACCAGAACACCAAGAUGGCUUUGUGCGGGGUAUCCGUUAUUGUUACCAUUGUGGUCGUCUGCGCUGUAUCUCAAGUCGCCAAUGCGGCCAAGAUAUGUCAUCCUGGUUACGAAAAAUAUGAAGACCAUUGCUACAAGUUUGUCAACCAGAGCGAGACACAUGCAGGAGCCGUCACGGCCUGUAACGCAAGUGUUGGUGAAUCCCUGAUUGCCUAUACCUCUGUGAAGAAGAUCUACAAGGUCGGGGCAUAUGUGGUGGCAAAGAAAUCGCCGGCCACGCUUAAGUUCUGGACGGCGCCUACAAAAAGAAGACAUGCGUCGAAGGGAAAAUGUUUGGCUGCUGUCAGGAAGACGGGAAAGAAGUUCAUCAAGAAGAAGAGCUUGGUUUGUACGAACAAACUACCGUACGUCUGUGAGGGUCCUACGCAUGCCCCGCCCACUACAGCCCCAACUGUGCAGCAAAACGGAGAGACGCGAUGUAUGCAAGCUGUUAAUCCUGGAAAGGUUCCUCCCUUCCAAGAUAUGAACGCGAUCUCCGCCAGCUAUAUGUCCCGACGACGGAAGAAACUGCCCGUGAUCCGCAAAGCGAGGAAAGAAGAGUGCCUAGCUGUCCUUAAGCUUUAUCGGGGGACUACGUAUGGUAUGUUGGCGUUGAAACUGACCAGUGAUGACCUACCCUACUGGUGUAUCGUACUUCCAACUAUGCCCAAAACGACCACUGGGUGGAAAAGGUGUGAUGUCCCAUGCACUGUCUACAAGAAAACGUGUUGAAUUACUUACGUUACCAGUGAUGAAUUCGGUAGAUGAAAUCCAGAGACAACAGUACAAUCUCCUGGCAGUUUCACAUCCUAUUCAACUACAUGUAUAUUGGUCACACGUGCAGUGGCACAACCUGCUUGUCAGUUCAGGGCAAAGUCUACUAUGCUGGAGACAACAGUACAAUCUGUUGUUAGUUUUUAAUCCUGUUCGAUUAUAUUGGAGACAAAUGUGGAACCCAUGAACUGUCGAUUCAUGGCCUAUUUAACCACACUGCAUGGAGACGAACAUCAGCAUAACCUGGUGGCACAAUCAAGACACAAACUUCAUGUAAAAGCUCUCCAAUCAUGUCCGACAUCACAACCAACUUGCACUUUAUGAAACACUCAAUACAAGUAGUCAUCACCUCUUCAAUUCAUGUUAAAGAUAACAGCACAACCAAUACUGGCAGGUAUCAAAGAAAGAAGACAGAUAUGCUGCUAUUCUCUUUAAUUUUAUUGGUGCAUUUCUGCAGCGGAGAAUACUGUUACAAUAAGAAACUUGCCAUUCGAAUAACAAACAUUCUCUGAAGUA